GUGCAUUUUAUUUACUAGCUGUCAGCGAUAAAAUAAAGUCAAUAUCAACAAUGUUCUUCCGUUGCCUACGAGGGCGUUUUGGCAGAAUUUUUGCGUUGGUUUUCUUCGUGCUUGCAGUUUUGGAGGCAACAGAGUUCGAGGGUCGACCCCAGAAGAUGCGGGAGAUUCGGGCAACCGUGGGUGAUUUGGCCUGGAAGGGAAGGACCUACCUGGGCAGCCUGGUCGGGGAGCAGACGUAUCUGUCAGUGGAGAAGGAUUUCUCUCAGGUUACAGGUGUGGUUGCUGAAAGUGUGGCUAAUCAUCUAAAUGCAGUACUACAGUACAUCUCACAAUUCCUGCAGGCUAAUGAAAUUCAAGUUGAUCUCCCCAUCAGCAAAGUCACCCCAGAAGGACUGAUCUUUAUUGCACAGUGGCUUCUCAAGGUUCUUUUUUGGUACUGCUUAAUUUCUCAUGUCUUCCAGUUGAUUGGUUGGUUGCUUGUACGGCUGCUGAGACUCAUGCUAAAGCUGCUGAGAGUCAUGGUGGCUUGCUUGCUUCCAGGCUGGUCGGGAAAAUUGUUUGCCUGGAGGAGCAAGUUGAAAUCCUGGCCAAAGUUGAAGGGGGGAAUAAAAUUGAAAAGAAAAGAAGAGCAGCCAAAAAAAUUGAAAGAUUGA